UUUUAUUGUGAAAAGCAUAGUUUCAACCGGAACACCUUUUGUUUCUGCAACAACUUUACACGCGUUAGCCAGCUUGAUGGGAGGAAAGGGAGACGGGCAGAGACAAACAUGAACAAGUUGAAGUCCUCACAGAAGGAUAAAAUUCGUCAGUUCAUGAUUUUCACACAAUCCAAUGAGAAGACUGCACUGUCUUGUCUGUCACAACACGACUGGAAACUAGAUGUAGCUACUGACAAGUUUUUCCAAAAUCCAGCCCUAGACAGGAAGAAGCUCGAUCAUCUGUACAGCAGAUAUAGAGAUCCUCACGAUGACAACAAGAUCGGCAUCGACGGGGUUCAACAGUUCUGUGAUGAUCUUGGUUUGGACCCAGCCAGUAUAAGUGUUCUUCUUAUAGCCUGGAAGUUCAGGGCUGCAACGCAAUGCGAGUUCUCUAAACAGGAGUUCAUGGACGGCAUGGCAGAACAGGGGUGUGACAGUAUAGACAAGCUAAAAGCUCUACUACCCAAGAUGGAACAAGAGUUAAAAGACCAUGGAAGAUUUAAAGACUUCUACCAGUUUACAUUUAAUUUCGCAAAGAAUCCUGGGCAGAAAGGUUUGGAUUUAGAAAUGGCUAUUGCAUAUUGGAAUUUAGUAUUGGCUGGAAGAUUCAAGUUUCUCAACCUUUGGAACACAUUUUUAGUUGAACACCACAAAAGAUCAAUUCCCAAGGACACGUGGAACCUGCUACUAGACUUCAGCACAAUGAUCACAGAUGACAUGUCCAACUAUGACGAGGAAGGAGCGUGGCCUGUACUCAUUGAUGACUUUGUGGAGUUUGCACGGCCGCACAUUGGGACCAAAAGUACAGCCGUUUAAUAAGCGCCUCUCAAACAGCCACACAAACCAGAUAAAAGAACACAUGGACCACACUGAGCUGACAACUAUGUUGCCUUUUCAACCCUCAGGACUGAAAUAUUUUACACAGCAGAGACUUUAUAUAUACACGUGUGUGUGUGUGCGUGCGUGCGUGUGUGUGUGUUUGUGUAUGUACAAUACAUAUAUAAAAAAAAAAUGCAUCUCACUUUGUUGGUCAACUUGUGGUGGUUUGAUGCUCUGAACUGCAUUUGGGCUUUUUUGUGGGUGCUGUAGCCAGGCAGAAAAAUCACCUUCUCAGUUUCUGGAUGUUGGGAUCGUCUCAAAAAGUCAACACGCACACACACACACAAACUAUUGAAUUGUAAACAUUCUUUCUAAUUCAUUUUUAAUUUGACUUUUGAGUGCAUCCGGAUUUUGUUUGAUGAAUGAUAGAUCUGUAACUUGUCCGUAUCAACUUAAACAUUUUUUAUGUUUCU